AUGGGCCUAGGAGUUCUCGAAGACCACCACCUCCAGCAUGUCCCCGGCACAGCAUUGCUAGCAGACAUGCUCGAUGCCGAAAACCACCAAUACCACGGCCGCGACACCUCCGCCCUCAAACACGGCACUGGACGCAACAGCGACAUCGUGCUGGUGCCCCAACCCUCCGAAUCCCCCCGCGACCCCCUCAACUGGCCGCAAUGGAAAAAAGAACUCCUCCUCGCCAUCAUCUCCAUCGACACCGCCGUCGUCGGCGCGUGGGGCCCCAUGAUAUCGCCCGGGUACGCGGACAUCGCGAAGCAGUUCAACAUGUCGUAUAAUUCGCUCAAUGGCGGGCUGGGUUGGGCGAUCUUCGCGAUCGGGAUAUCGUGUUUCAUCACGAACGGUUUGUCGGUGAAGUUUGGACGGAGGCCGAUUUUCCUGCUGGGGAAUUUGCUGUUGUUUAUAAGUAGUGUCUGGGCGUAUUUUGCAAAUAGUUAUGAGAGUUUGUUGGCGAGUAGGAUUUUCGGGGCGGUCGGGAUGAGUCCGUUUGAAGUGCUGACGACGGCGGUGAUUGCGGAUAUAUAUUUUGUUCACGAGAGGGGGUUUAGGUUGGCGAUUUGGGGGUUGUGUCUUAGUAUUGGGGUUGGUGGAGGGAGUUGUAUUUCGGGGUAUAUCAUUCAGAAUCUCGGAUGGAACUGGACGUACGGUAUCUGCGCGUGCUUUUACGGCGUCUUCAUCAUUUUGAUCUUUCUGUUCGUCCCAGAGACUGUGUACAAGCGCGAUCCGGCGUACAAUCUCGACCUAGGAACGACAGACCACACAGAAGACAUCCUCGACGCGAGCAAAAAGGCUCCCCACGAACCCACCAUCGUCGGCGAAGAACCCAAAGAUACAACCACCAAAACCGAAGCCUUGCACCCGAUCCAUUCACAGCAGCCAAUCUACACAGGCGCAGACGAGCAACCCUACACCUUCUGGCAAGAACUCCGCCCAGUGCGAGGCAUCGAAAGCGACGAGAACCUCUUCCUCAUCAUCAUCCGCCCCUUCGGCAUGCUCCUCUUCCCCCAGGUCCUCUAUGGCUUCAUAACCUACGGCCUCUCCACCUCCUGGCUCGUCGUCAUGAUCUCCGUCCUCGCCCAGCUCUUCACCGUCCCACCCUACAACUUCUCCGUCUCCGCCGUCGGCCUCAUCAGCAUCGCCCCCCUCGUCGCAAGUCUCCUCGGCAUCAUAUCCGGCCCGUUGAACGACUGGUCCGUCAAGAAGCUCGCUCGCUGGAACAACGGCAUCUACGAGCCGGAAUUCCGCCUCGCCCUCAACAUCGUGACGUUAAUCCUCGGCAUCGUAGGCUUCUUCGGCUUCGGCGCGUGUCUCGAGAACCGCACCCCCUGGCCCGGCCCAGUUAUCCUCUACGGCAUAAUAUACUUCGCCAUCGCAUUCCUGAACAUCGGAAUCUUCGGCUACAUAACCGAAUGCCACCGCACGAAAGCGCCCGAGGCCUUCGCGGCCCUCAACCUCCGCAACAUCUACUCCUUCGGCAUGAACUACUUCAUCUCGUCGUGGAUCACCAACCAAGGCCCGCUGAAGGUGUUCGGCAUCAUUGGGGGGUUGCAUUGUUUCAUCUUGCUGCUUACGAUACCGAUGUGGGUGUUUGGGAAGAGGGCGAGAAGUUUGACGGCCAGGGUGGGCGUGUUUAGGAUGUUGAUGGGGGAGAGGUGAUGGGUUGUUGGUGGGUGUGAAGUGGGCUGGGGAGGAGAGGGGAUGAUGUCCUGUCGAUGGG